AUGAAGUUUGGGGGGAAGGGGGUGAUCCAGCUGAUGGUACCGCUCGCUAUAGAAUUGGGUGUGGAAAAACGAGUGUACGCCAGAGUAGUUGUGAACUUGUUUAAGAAAGGAGACAAGACUGACCCAGGAAACUACAGGGGGAUCACACUGUUGAACACAGUAGGAAAAGUGUUAUGUAAGCUGCUGAACGAUAGGAUAGUGGGAGUAUUGGAGAAGGAACAUAGCAUUAGUGAGGGCCAGGCAGGUGUCCGCAAGAAGAGGGGGUGCGUAGAGACCACAAAUGGGUUAUUGAAACAACUGUUCACAUACGGGAUCAAGGGGAAAAUGUGGGGAGUGCUCAAGAAGAUGACAGAGUGUACGAAAAGCGCGGUCAUGCUAGACGGAGAACUGUC